UUUCUCUCUGUGCUUAGUGUUGAUAUUCACUUGCCUCAGUGAAGAGGUCUGGUGGCCACGGACGGGGGAAUUUCAAUUCUCUAACACUCGACUGACAGACUGUCCGCUGAUGCUGCAAUUGAAAAUGCAGUGCUGAUGGUGUUGAUUGUUUCCGCCGCCACGAUUGGCCGCGAUCGCUAUAAGAAGGUCGUCGUGUGUGAUUGUUAUUCUCUGACAGUCGGCGUUGCAGUUACUGAAAUGAUACUAGGCCUAGUGAAGUACUCGGGAUUUUAGGCUGGACUCAUUUUCUAUUCAGGAAGGUGUUUGCGUGUUUGAAAUAUCUCUUAACGACGAGUUGAUUAUGAUGUGAUUUGUCAGUGUUUAAAUAUAAAAUAUAUGUUUUUUUUCCCGGACGGGAUGAUGUUUGAAGUGCAAAUUCUUAAAUCCCGGUGUUGCGAUGUUUUGGAAAUGUUACUUUCAAUAGAAGAUGUUUUUUGUAGAAGUUACAUCAUCAUCGGUCGUUGAAUGAUGAUGCCUUGGGCGGACAGGUAGCCAUGGCGGUGGGUAGUGGAGAGUGGGCGGCCUUUCCUAAUCCUCCCAGCACACUCGGGUUCUCCUCUCCCUCCUGUAACGCACCAGGUUCAUCGUCAUCUUCAUCGCCUUCGUCACCGCCGCCGUCAUCAUCAUCAUCAUCAUCAUCUUCAGCGUCGUCAUCGUCUUCUUGGUUGUCGUCACCUCAUCAGCCCAAUGGGAGAAGGAGGGUCGCGAGACGACCCGUGGCCACAGGGAGGCUGCUGGUGUUGCCCUGGGUGGCCCUCUUGCUCUUCUGGUCCAGCACUUGUCUGCAGCAGGCGGAGUGCCGAAAGUGCAUCAUGCUCUCGAGCAGAAACCUCACGGAUCCGCCAGCAAAAUACGUUUACGACAAGGCACUACAGAGGCAGCUGGCGUUGACGUUAGACUCGUCCCAAAGACUCUCUCACAGGAUAAGCACAGCUGUUGUCAAGAUCCUCCUUGAGGAGGGUCUUGGUUACCAAAAUGUAACCAUUAAUAAUUAUGUGGAGGAGACAUUUGAUUAUAAGGAAGCCCUCAAUAGACUCCGCGUGCUGUGGAUGAAUGGCAACCGCACAUACAGCAAUGUCCCCACCGCCAUGAUCAACGUGGAAGUGUGGCUCCCACCGAGCUCUAUGGGAGAAGACAUUGCUGCCAAAGUGGACUGUGGUUCUCAUGCAUCUGGCAGCAGGUUUGGAUGGUACGUCACCAACAGCAGCCAUAUUGGAGCCCCUGAAGUCAUAACUGACCACUGGCGAUCGUUUAAGAUGCCCCACGUGACAGAAAUAUUUUCUCUAACUGAAGGGGAAGACAAGGACCUCCGAGAGAAGUACACCAGAGAUCGGGAUGGACAGUACUACUGUGAUAAAUCAUACUGCAAUGAGGGCAUAUUUACCCCAGAACUGUGCGAAGAAGACGAUCGCUGUGCCAUGUUAUUUGUCGGCAACCACAAUUUCUACUCAGAAUUUUUGGUAGACCAAGUGACCGUGGAGAAGAUGUACGUGCGCAUAGCCUGGAUUGGCCCCAACUUCAAUCCCGAGUUCUUUUGUCAUUUUCGGAAUAACAAGCCGAGCGUCUUCUUCGACUGGUAUCCCAAUUCUCUGUCGAACAUGAAUGAGUAUAUGCCCGUCUCGUUUCCCCCAUGCAACAGCUACCAGGGCAACGACGAUUCAUACUUCUGUAACUACGAAUUGCAUUCCAUGAAGAAGCUCAUUUGGGAUAAGCUGCCUGAAUCUGCUAAAGUAGCUGUAGAAGCAGUCAAACGUUUCUUUCUGCGGGAAGAAGACUACCGCGACCUCCUCCACCGAUACAACAUGAAAACUUCGCAGUGUCCGAAUCCGUCUCCAAGUUCUCUAAUUGACUCGGAUAAAGUCAUCCAAGAUAUUGCUUGUGACUGGCUGAGAGAGGCCAGGCACCACGGAUUGGAAGUAUGGAACGACUGGCUUCCUCACAAUUACGCUGCCAAAACAAAGUUGUGGAUCGCCGGCAUCUUCCCCAUGAGUAGCGGAGCUGACACAACUUUUUACAGCCACACACUUUAUAAUGCUGCACAAAUGGCCAUUACGAGGGUGAACACUAACGGGACCAUCCUACCAGAGUAUGAGAUCCAGCUGAUGAUUCAAGAUGGCCGUUGCAAGAGCGAGGAGGUACUGGCAGCUUUCAUUCGAUAUGUGAGGAAGGGUUCCAGUGACCCCAACCUUCCCCCUUUCGAGCAGAUGAUUGGAGUUUUAGGCCCAGCCUGUUCAGACACGGUAGAGCCAUUAGCGGGUGUCGCCAAGCAUUUUAAUACGGUGGUCUUGUCGUACAGUGCGGAAGGUGCCAUCUUCAAUGAGCAUGAAAACUAUCCAUCUUUUUUCCGAACUAUUCCGGAAAAUAAGAUGUAUGGAGCGGUGUACCUCGAACUCUUUAAAUUAUUUGAGUGGCACCAAGUUGCAUCCUUGGCGGAGGACUGUAACAAGUACAGUGAGUACCUGACACUCUUGCACAACAUGUUACCUAAAGACAUCAACCUGGAAAACUUCAGGUUUCCCAAAGUGUCCACCCGAAAUAUGACUGAUCAUCUGCUGAAGCUGAAGGAAAGGACGCAUCGUAUUAUUAUUGGAGACUUUUAUGCUAGCACUGCCAAAGAAGUGUUAUGUGAAGCCUACCACCAAAAUAUGACUGCUAAACACAAUUAUGUAUGGUUUUUACCAAGAUGGUUUGCUACGAACUGGUAUGAAAUUGAUGAAAAUGAUAAGAUACCAUGCAACAGGACCAUGAUGCUAGAGGCUGUAGACCGUCACAUGUCCUUAGGCUAUGCCUACUACGCACCGAUGAACUACACGUUCCAUGAAGGCAUUACUGUAGGAGACUGGCAUGAGUUAUACACAAAAGAAUAUGGAAGACAGAAUGACACGCAUGGUCCAGCUGAUUAUGCUGGUUACACCUAUGAUGCCGUUUGGACUUAUGCCUUUGCUCUUGAUAAACUCUUGAAAGAGGAUAGGACUCAUGUGGCCAACCUUCACAGUCAGAAAACAAACAAGCGUUUUGUAGAGUUGAUAGGUGACACUAAUUUUGAUGGAGUUUCUGGAAACAUACAAUUCAAAUCUGGACCAUCAAGACAAAGUGUCAUCAACAUAAUGCAGUAUGUUGUCAGUGGCAACAGUGGAACAUAUGUUACAGUAGGGCAGUUUUUCCCAGCUGGCAAUGGUUCUACCACUGGACGGCUUUCUUUAGUCAAGACUGAAACUAGAUUCUUCCAUGGUGUUCCCUCAGAUGGCAUUAUUCCAGAUACUUGUCUUUUUCAAACCUUCAGUGACCUCCUUGAUGUUUCAUGUGACAUGGCUAUUGUAAUAGUUAUGGUCUUGAUUUUCUCUGUAUUUGCUAUAGUUGUGCUUGCUCUCUUCAUUGUAUAUAAAAGAAGAUUUGAAAAGAUGAUCCCAGAACAACCAGUGUGGCCUCUAGGAGAACUCAUGUCACUGGAUGAAUGGGAGUUACCACGUGAAAAAGUAGUAAUCAACCGUACCAUUGGUGAAGGAGCAUUUGGCACUGUCUAUGGUGGGGAGUGUCAGUUUGGAGAAGACACACCUUGGGUAGCUGUUGCUGUAAAGACCCUGAAAGUAGGAUCUACUGUGGAAGAAAAACUCGAUUUCCUUGGGGAAGCAGAAAUGAUGAAAAGAUUUAACCACAAAAAUAUUGUUCAGCUUCUUGGCCUGUGUACUCACCAAGAACCAAUAUAUAUGGUUAUGGAAUUCAUGCUAUAUGGUGACCUGAAGAUUUAUCUCCUAGCUCGUCGUCACUUAGUGUCAGAUAAAACUGUCCAGACUGAAGAGGAUGAAGUUAGUAGUAAACGUCUUACCUCAAUGGCCCUAGAUGUGUGUCGGGCAUUGGCAUACCUCACUGAACAUAGAUAUGUGCACAGAGAUGUGGCUUGCCGGAACUGCUUAGUAAGUGCUGAGAGAGUGGUCAAGCUGUCAGAUUUUGGGAUGACUCGACCUAUGUAUGAAAGUGAAUAUUACCGCUUCAAUAGGAAAGCCAUGAUGCCUGUGCGAUGGAUGAGUCCUGAGGCAUUGGAAGAUGGUCUCUUUACAAGUAUGAGUGACAUGUGGUCUUAUGGAGUUUUACUUUAUGAAGUUAUAACAUUUGGCAGCUUCCCCUUUCAGGUAAGUGGGAUGAGUAAUAAUGAAGUUGUGGAGCACGUACGGAGAGGGAACACGGUCACCUUACCUGAUGGGGUCAAACCUCAAUUGGAACGUCUUUUACGCAGUUGUUGGAGUAAGAUUCCUACGGAAAGGCCAACUUUCAAUGAAAUGAUGGAACAUCUGACCAUGUGGCCUCGCCUUAUUACACCUUGUUUGGAGGUCCCAUCAGCUGCUGUUCAAAUGAAUGAUACAGAUUCUCUGGAACUUGUGAUACUGCCAACUGAACAGAAUAUUCGAAGGGCCUCGGCACCAAAUACACGAUUGCCUACCACUCGAAUACGUAAUCCAUCAGGAAAUGAUACCCUCCCAAACUGCAGUGCAGUGCAGAUGAACAAUUUGUCUCAACCUACAUCUUUUUUAACUAAUACAUUUGGUCAAUCUACUCCCAGUUCAUUAAAUCCUCCUACCUCCUUUAACUCUCCCAGCUGGAAUCGUGCCAUCCAUGAAAAUGGUGAGGGUCCCUCCGUAGAGCCUCUAUUACCACAAAAUGGCGAUGGAUACAUUUCUUCCUAUGUUCGUUUGCAGAAUCCAAAAGCUGGAGAAGAUACAAUCAGAAAUUUUGAUUUUCCUUCAAAUAUGACUGCUGUUUAGAAUAUGCUGGAAAUUAUGCUUAGAAUAAAAACAGUGACAGAGGUGUCUGUAAUCUAAUGUAUAAUCAAAUGAAUUUUAAUAAUUUAUGAAACUGGCUAUGAUUAUAAAGUUGGAUUACAGAACUGACAGUUUCUUUCUGAUAGUUGUGAGAAACAUACAGUGCCAGAAUUAUGUGCUAGUCUCAUUAUUUGAAUUUCCACUGGCAUUUGAUGUGAAGAUAAUUAUUAAGUUUAUCAAGUGUUAUAAGUGUUUAUUCAGAAACUAGUAGAAAGUGCAAUUUUCAAGUGUUUAACCUCUACAUGAAACCAUUAUGCAGUAUAUAAUUUUGUUACUUUUGACAUGGGUUUUAAGUGCCAUUUUCUUAUUUCUUUGUGAUAAAAAAUAUAAACAGGUUGAGCCAGGAAUUGUAAGUGCUGUUGAACAGAUCUGAAGUGUCUCUUGUAUGGAGUGAUGAAGGGUGCUACUAUGUGUAUAGAUGACAAUGUUGAAACUCCUACGUUGCAUGUUUGUCUUCAGUAUUUUAUAUUCAUGAGUCAAAUCUUAAUUUUAUUAAUGUGAUUAUAGUAAAACCAGUGUUAUAUGUGACUAGAUAUAACAACGUAUGAAUGACCUUGUCAAUGGUAACAAUUAUCCAUGAUUUCAAUUUGUAAAGUCCUUAGUUCUGGUCAGAUAUCCAGUGUGUCUUUAAAAAUGAAAGAUGAACCUUUAAUCAAUUAUAAAAUGUUCAGUUAGGCUUAAUGGUGAUGAAGUGAAGAGGAUUACUCACUCAAAAUAAAUGGCUGUUCUAAACAGUACUAUUUUUACAUGCUUUUACUAUGAGGUGCCAAAAAAAUGUACAAAUACAUCCAUAUAUAGUAUAUUAGUAACUGUUGCUUGGUACAGAGUAUAUUGAUUUUUUUAUGAAUUAUAGUUCCUGAGAAACUGCCUCAUUAUUAAACAAUGUGUAAUCAUUAUAUGAUUUAUAGAUUCUGUAGACAAACUGUUACUUUGCUCAAAAUUCUUUUUCAAAUUAGUAGCUUUUAAGAGAUUAAGAACAGUCAAACUGUAUAUUGAUUCUUUAAAGAGAGAAAAAGUUUAAAUAUUGUACGUACUGAGAUUAUUGUUGAAAAAAUAUUUAGUGAUAGCACUUGGUUAUCAGAGCCUUAACUUGAGUAAACAAAUGGAACGUAGCAUGUGUGUGUGCUGUAAAUUGUUGUUGCAAGGAUAUUAAUUUUUCUUAGCCCAGUACUGAGGAAAUAUUACUACUAAACACUAAAACAUAUGUGAGGCUCAGUACUGUAUAUGGACACAAACUUUUACAAUAUUUAAAAUGUAUUUAUAUGGUAAACAUUUUAAAAUUAAAAAUUAAACCCUUUUUUUUUUAAAUAUUUAUUGCCCACUGCUGUCAUUAGACCAUUUUCCUAUUGAGAUUUACUCAGGAUAUGGCUCUUAUAUUUUUAAGUUAUAUAUUUCCAGAAAAAUAUUUGAAUUUAUUUGCUCACAGGUAUGGUUGUGAUUGAGUGAAUGGUAAUUGUGAGGUGUAAGGAAUUAUCAUUAGUCAUUGAAUACUGUUAGUUUAUGUACUUUAAAUCAUUUGUUUUACUGUAUGAGAUUUCAUCUGAAUUUUCAUGGUAAAUUAUUAAUUCCACUAAAAAAUCAACUCAAUUUACAAGUCUUUCAUUGGAUUGUCAGUUCUCCUAUAAUCACAGUAAGCAUACUUUACAUUUUAAAAUCAUAUAUUUUUUUAAUAUAGUAUUAUUGACUUAACUUGUAAUACAUAUACUGUACAUUUUAUUCAUCAAAAUCACAUCCUAUAUUUUGAAAAUCUAUUAUGCGAAUUAUUACACUUUAAAUCCUAUGGUUAUCAAUCAAAAUCAUGUUACUUCUCAAAUAUAAAGUUAAAAUGCUUGUAGUAAUUUCCAAAACUGUAAUGUACAAAUUGUUGAAUUACCCAUCAAAUUCUAAAGCAUUUUGUAGAUUAUGUAAUUUCCUUGAGUGUCAGCAUCUAAAGAUGUUUGGCAACUUCAUUUUAAGCUACAUGAUUACAAAACUUGUCUUACUUAACAAGUGAAGCAUCUCCCAAAUUAUUUAAAAAGCCUGUAGGCUAGACAACAGUAAUGCAAAUUUAUGAAGAUGAGUUGAGUCAUUAUGGAAAGUAUAUUGAUCCAAGAGACAUUCUAUGCUGUGCUUGUAGCAAGGACAAUCUCUCUAUACUCAGUCAAGAAGUGAUACCUGAAGAAAUAUAUUGUAAAGGAUAAUCCUGUAAAUAAAAAAAAAUCAGUAAAACUAGAAUAACCAAUCUAAUUAUAAUAAAGCAAGAAGUGUCAUACAGUUUGUAAACAAUCCUUAUACUUAUUUUCAUCCUAAAAGCAUUGUAAAUGGAUUAUAUCAGUAAUCUUAAAAGUAUUGUAAAUGGA